AUGGCGGAGUUUUUGGUGAUUGAUGUGCCAUCCGCUUACAACGCCAUUGUCAGUUGGCCUUUAAUUCAUGACAUGCUAGCUGUGGUCUCGACGUACCAUUUAACAAUGGUAUAUGUGUCCAACGCGGGAACGACAGAGCGCGUACGAGGAAGUCAAACUAUGGCCAGAGAGUGUUAUGUUUCAGCACUAAAGCAGUCUAGCCGACAACCAACUUGUGAACAGACACCAUCCAAGCGAGAACGAAUUCCCUCCGCGCACGAUUUGGCCAUGGAAAAUUUCGAUACUCGGCCAGUAACUGCGCCACGUCCUUCCCCAGGAGGCGAGACCGUAGAGAUCGAAUUACAGCCAGGGGUUCUCGGGAGGGUAGUGCGUGUUGGGUCCGAUAUGGAUGUCGACACGCGUUGCCAUUUGGUGGAAUUGUUACGAGAAAGUGCUGAUGUGUUUGCUUUCUCGGCAGACGAGAUGCUCGGGAUACAUCCCGACGACAUUGUGCAUAAGCUAAAUGUCGACAGGAGAGCAAGACCUGUCCGACAAAAGAAAAGGAACUUCUCAACAGAGAAAAUGGAGGCUAUUCAGUCAGAGGUGAAUAAGUUGCUAGCGGCAGGGUUUAUCGAACCCUGCACAUACCCAGAAUGGUUAGCAAAUGUGGUUAUUGUAAAAAAGUCGUCAGGGAAAUGGAGAAUGUGCGUGGACUUUACGGACUUGAACAGAGCCUGUCCGAAAGAUUGCUAUCCCUUGUUGAGGAUAGAUCGAUUGGUAUAUUCAACUUUCGGUCACGCGCUAUUGAGUUUUAUGGACGCUUUCUCCGGGUAUCAUCAGGUCAGCCUAUAUGAGCCAGAUCAAACCAAGGAGACAUUCAUUACUGAUUCCGGAGUUUUUUGUUACAGGGCUAUGCCGUUUGGAUUGAGAAAUGCAGGGGCUACGUAUCAGAAGCUGGUCAACAAGGUGUUUGCGAAUCAGAAAGGAAGGUAUGUGGAAGUGUAUGUGGAUGAUUCAAUUGUGAAAAGCCGUUUGGCUACAGAUCACGUCACUGAUUUGAGAGAAACUUUUGAAACUCUUCGACGCUACCGGAUGAAGUUAAACCUGGAGAAGUGUGUGUUCGGCGUCCGGUCAGGAAAGUUUCUCGGGUUCAUGGUGAGCGAAAGGGGGAUAGACGCUAACCCCGAUAAGAUUGAGGCGAUUCUUAGUUUACCAGAACCAAAGUGCAUAAAAGAUGUACAAAAGCUCACUGGUCGAAUGGCUGCAUUAACGAGAUUCAUCAGCAAGUCAGCUGACAAAGCCUUACCAUUCUUCGUGAUCUUGCGUCAGAACAAGCUGUUUGAAUGGGGGAAGGACCAAUCCAAGGCGUUCCAGGAUGUGGGGGAGGUCCUUACCCACCGUCGCAAGGCCGGAACAAGGAGAAACAUUGCAGCUUUAUAUUUCCGCGUCAGCAAAGACCGUAGCAGCAGUGCUCCUAGUGGAACGACUAAAAACCCAACUGCCAAUCUACUUUGUGAGCCACGUUUUAAACGCUGCCGAGAGACGGUACCCCCGUUAGAGAAGUCUUUGCAGAAGAUGGAAACGUCUGGCCGUUUACUUAAAUGGGCGAUUGAAUUGUCUAAAUAUGUUAUUAUGUAUAAACCAAGGGUAUCAAUCAAAGCCCAGGCCUUGUCUGACUUCAUUGUAGAAACGUCUUAUUAUGAAGAGGAGGAUGGUACCGGCACAUGGAAGAUAUCAGUUGACGGCUCGUCUGUUUCAACCGGCUCAGGGGCAGGAGUAAUUAUGAUCUCUCCCCAGGGAGAUGUGUUCGAGUAUGCUGUCAAGUUCAAGUUCAAAGCCUCGAAUAAUGAGGCAGAAUAUGAAGCAACAUUGGCAGGGAUACAUCUAUGCAUAUAUCUGCGGAAGCAAAGCGUAUUGAGAUGA